AUGGAAGACAUAGAGUACAAGCUAAGGUUCCUAAUGAACUCAAUGACCCUGACCGUUAACUCAGUGAAGUACGCAGAAUCUGCAAAAAAUCAGUUGGAAUUCAUUAAGAAAUUCAAAAAUCAAAAAAUUAUCCAUUGUUUCAUUAAGGAUUCUCAACUGCCAAUUAUAACACCCUUAAUGGGUCUGCCCAUAAACCAAAAUGAAACAAAGCACAAAUUAUUAUUUUGUCAAAUAGCCGUUGGAACACCGUUAUUUUCUUCUUCAGAAUACGCAAUGAACUGUAAGACUCCUCACGGUUAUGAUUCUUUUUUAAUUAGCAGCUCACAAGAACCAAUUGAAACUGUUAUAAAAAAUUUUAAAAAAUUAUCAAAAACAACAAACACGUUAUCUUCUUACAGUUAUGUUGUACCUGAUAUUAAUAGAGUGUUAAUAUUAGGGGAAGUUGACUUUACAUAUGAUAUUCAGUUGGAAAAUCAUUAUAAAAAUAACGAACUCUGUGAAAAUUGUAAUACUUCCAAUUCCGUUACUUUUUGUCUUGCAGAAAGGGCGGCAUUCUGCAGUGAUUGUGACAAAUUAUUCCAUAAUAACAAUUUUACACAACGGCAUUCUAGGUUUUAUUUUAAUGAAAUUGGGAAAAAACGGUUUAUUAAUUGCAAAUACCACAGUUCAACGGUCAUUGACUAUUUUUGCACGGAUUGCAGUGUGCCUUUGUGUACUAAUUGCAGGAUUAACGAUAAUUUGCACCAAAAUCACAACUUAAUAACGUAUAUUCAGGCAUGUGAUGAUUUAAAAACAAAAAUUUCUCAAGAUCCCGAAAUGGAAAUAGUUUUAAAAAGAACAAAUUCAUUAAUAACGGAAAUUGAACAAGAAAUUACACAAUUUGAACAGGAAAUAACAAAGACAAAGAUGAAACUGCAAUACGAAUACGAUACAUGCAUGAAUACACUUAAUGACCUAGUGAAAAGGCGUUAUCAAAAUAUUAAUUCAAAAUAUUUCGAAUGUAAAUAUCUAACGGAAAUGGCAGUUAGAGGGAAGACGUAUCCUAAUGAGAUUGAUGCAAGCGUAUUAGUGGAGAAGUGGAAGGUUAUUUCUGAUGUGAAUAAAAAUAUUUCAAAUAUUGUAUUACCAGAUAAGGUAAUAUUUAAUGAAAUAACGGUAAAAGGGUCACUUUCCGUUGAAUGUGCAUCUGAUAAUUCUGGGUCUGUGGUGAGUGCACGGCAGGAGGAUGACUUAGUCAGGAAGAGAACAGAGAUGCUUCUGCGCGUCUCACAGUUCAAGACAAAUGAAUAA